AUGGCCGCGGCCAUCGCCAGCGGUUUGAUCCGCCAGAAGCGCCAAGCGCGCGACUUGCAGCACUGGGACCGGCCCUCGGCCAACAGGAGGCGCAGCAGCCCCAGCAAGAACCGCGGGCUUUGCAAUGGCAACCUGGUGGAUAUCUUCUCCAAGGUCCGCAUCUUUGGGCUCAAGAAGAGGAGGUUGCGGCGCCAAGAUCCCCAGCUCAAGGGCAUAGUGACCAGGUUAUAUUGCAGGCAAGGCUACUACUUGCAAAUGCACCCAGAUGGAAGUCUCGAUGGAACCAAGGAUGACAGCACUAAUUCUACAUUGUUCAACCUCAUACCAGUGGGACUUCGAGUUGUUGCUAUCCAGGGUGUAAAAACAGGCUUGUACAUAGCCCUAAAUGGAGAAGGAUUCCUUUAUACAUCAGAACUUUUUACACCAGAAUGUAAGUUUAAGGAGUCUGUGUUUGAAAAUUAUUACGUAAUCUACUCGUCGAUGCUGUACAGACAGCAAGAGUCGGGUAGAGCCUGGUUUUUGGGACUCAACAAAGAAGGACAAGUCAUGAAAGGCAACAGAGUGAAGAAAACAAAACCAGCAGCUCAUUUUCUACCGAAGCCAUUGGAAGUUGCCAUGUACCGAGAACCCUCUUUACAUGAUGUUGGAGAAACAGUGCCAAAGGCUGGGGUGACGCCAAGUAAAAGCACAAGUGCAUCGGCAAUAAUGAAUGGAGGUAAACCAGUGAACAAGAGUAAGACCACAUAG